CUAUAUUUAUAUCAUGCCUGUAGUAAUUCGAAUUUCCGUAAUUCUGGAAGAAGUAUGUUGAAUAUCAGGAAAGUUGCAGUUGGAUUAUCGGGUGGUGUUGAUAGUGCAGUUACAGCUUUCUUAUUGAAACAAAAAGGUUAUGAUGUUAAAGGUGUUUUUAUGCAGAAUUGGGAUUUAAGAGAUGAAUUCGGAAAAUGCUCCUCAGAAGAGGAUUACAAGGAUGCCCAAGUAGUUGCAAAAAACUUAAAAAUACCAUUAAAACAUGUAAAAUUUGUUAAGGAAUAUUGGAAUGAGGUGUUUCUGAAUUUGUUGAAGGAUUAUGAAACUGGUUACACUCCAAAUCCAGACAUUCUUUGCAAUAGACAUGUCAAGUUCAAUUACUUUUAUAAAUAUGCUAGGGAUGUUCUUAAAGUAGAUGCAAUAGCAACUGGACAUUAUGCAAGAACAAACUUUGGAAGUUACUUAGAGAAUUUCAAUGAAAAUGAAAAUGUAAAAUUACUUAGAGCCAAAGAUGAUUUUAAGGAUCAAACCUUUUUCUUGUGUCAAAUUGGACAAGAAGCCCUUAGAAGGACAAUGUUUCCUUUGGGUACACUUCUCAAAUCAGAGGUGAAAGAAAUUGCUGCCAAAAAUGGUUUGGAGAAGUUUGCUGCUAAGAAGGAAAGCAUGGGUAUUUGUUUUAUUGGUGAAAGAAACUUUCAAGGUUUCAUAUCAGAAUAUAUUAGCGACAAAGUUGGAAAUUUCGUUGACAUUGAGUCUGGGAAAAUUGUUGGGCAACACACUGGAAUCCACAAGUGGACGAUAGGUCAAAGAAGUAAGUUAGGUGGUUUCGCCAAUCCUUAUUACGUAGCCAAAAAGGAAGUGGAUACUAACACAAUUUACGUGGCUUCAGGCUCGAAGAACUCCGCUUUCCACAGCUCGCUUUUCUUCACCUCGAAACCUCAUUGGAUCAACAAGCAACCAAAGGAAUUAUUAGAUGGAAACAUUUUCGAAUGCCAAUUUAAGUUUCAGCACACGCACGAUUUGAUCAACUGCGAAUUGUGCGAGACAUCAAAGGGUCUAGUCGUUUGGUUGUCGUCUCAGAAGAGAGCUUUAACUGCAGGUCAAUAUGCUGUAUUUUAUAAGAACGACGAGUGUUUGGGUGGCGCCAGGAUGAUGCACAUCGGACCAUCGAAUUUCAGCUUAUACUGGCUGCAAAACAACAACAAAUGCAAAGUAACAAGACGUUUGUACAAGUACGAAGACAACAAAAAACGGGCCAUAAAAUUAACACAAUAAAAUUUAUUUCCUAGAUUU